AUGCAAUCACAAUCGCAGUCAUCGUCGCCAAUGAUGUCUACACAGGUGCCGAGUGCCAUGCGAACACCAUCUGGAACUCCAUCACAGGCCGGAUUGUCGCAGAUUGCUGCAAUUUCCCGAAUGCAGCAACAACAGCAGCAUUCAGCACUUCGAAGGGAUUCUCCCGAUCGAACUAGCCUAAGCAAACGGCAUAUGCAAGAUGGACAGCCGCGAACAGUCUGGUCACCACAAACGAUGACUCCAAAGCGAGCAACGUCAAGCAUGCAGUCGAUAACACCGUCUGGAGCGGCGGCUAGUGCGAUUACACGACGACAAUCAGAGAAGUUUUACGUGCGAUUUGCUUCACGGAAAGAAGACAAUGAAGUGGUUGCAGUUGGUCGCCGACGCCAUUAUUUAUCGCUACCGCGACAAAGUUCGGUAGCCAAAGAAGCUGAUUUCAACGAUUCGAAUCUUCACCUACGUAGUCGAAGUCAAAGCCCGAAUCAUAUGCUUCUAAACCAGCAAAACAGACCGUUGCCAAACUCGGCCAGCCGUGAGCUGACGAAGGAACUUCAACGUCGACGGGACUCGGACAUGUCAUAUACUGCUGCAUCCAGUCGAUUAACGCCAGCGAAUUCUCGAUCGAAUCUUCGCAGUGUUGGUGUCGAUGGAGAUACACGAAAGAGUACGGACGCCUUGAAUCGUAUAGCGGCAUUGAGAAACAAGUUGCAUCAAUCAAGUGAAAAUCUGCGAAAAUCGUCCGACAAUCUUCGUCUCACAUCAGCCGGUGACAGCGAAAACGCGCCGACACGAACGCGUAGCAGCAGCAAUUUGCGAGGUGCCAACGCCCUUGAAGCCUAUGGGACAAUCGAUGCUGAUCAGCUCGAUAGUGCCUCGUCAUUGAUGCAUUCACGAUUAUUGGCACGUAGUGUUGGCAAUGUAUCAUCGGUGGGAUCUGGAGCCGAAGGAGAAGCAACGCCAGCCUCACGAUUACAGAACACUAUCGAUAUGUUGAAGAAAGCCAGUAAUCCUGAUCUGACUCAAUGCUCCCUUUAUGAGGAUCCCGGAAGCCCGUGCGGUGAGAAAAUGCGACGGCGAGGAGCUGUUCAGAAAAAGGUUGAACGCUAUCAUCCGCGACAUCGAACUGCCCGAAAUCAGACUAGCGAGGAGAGUGACAGUAACGGCAGUGACGCUAGUCCGCUGAAUCAGAGCUUGAAUCGGCGACUACUGUCAUCUGGCACUAACAGAUCAGUCUCCGCGGUAGAGACGUCGGGUCGACUUGGUAUGGCUUCCAGACGACUGUUCGAUCAGCAACGGUACGGUGCUACCCCAUCAUCAACCACUGUAGCUUCUCCAAGAAGAACACAAAACUACUUGGCUCAAAAGAUGGCGGGUGAAGAUAUGGUCGGUCCCGAUCUUGGUAGUGACGAUUCACCACGGUCGUCGGUGAAUUCACAUGAAUGGGCUGCUCUACUGGAAGAUGGCGCGGCGAAUCAACAGCUCCUACGGCAUGCCCAAGAUUGCUUUGAGAAAUUGCAAGUCUACGUUGACAAAGCCGUACAGGCUCGGAUGAUGGUGGACGAAUCUUCGAUGACUGCGGAGCAUAAACGCAUAGCGAUGGCACAGAUGGAGAAAAUGACCCAGAAAAUUGUUGAAAAGUUGAUACCAGGAGCAAGAUCACCCAGUUCCAUCGAUGAUGCCAAUGGUAACGAUUACACUCCCAUCAAGGGUCCACACAUCUACACCGCUGUGAAAUCUAGCUUUCGACAGUAG